AGCUUUUUAGCAAUGGCCAUUUCACCUUCACCUGGUUUGAUUGUUCUGCUAUUUUCCUGCAUCGCCAUUCUACCAGACCUCUCAUCUGCUCAGGGGAGCUGCAGUACACGAUGUGGAGAGGACUACUACAGGGGCCAUGCAUGCCACUGCGACUACAACUGUCUGCUUCAUAAGGAAUGCUGCUCUGAUUAUGAGGGGCUUUGUACCACAGCAAACUCCUGUAAGGGGCGCUGUGGAGAAGGUUUUCAGCGAGGACGGAAGUGUGACUGUGAUGCUGGCUGCUUAGAAUUUAAUCAGUGCUGUCCUGAUUAUCAAAGCUACUGCUUAAAAGAAACUUCAAAAACAACUGUUGCUAAGCCCACAACAGUGCCUAUCACAAAAAGUGUUAACACCCCUCAAGUGCAAGCAACAGAGAAAUCGACAGUAAACCCGUCUCCUUUAAUUCAGAAACCAAUUCCAACCACUCAGUCAUCAGCUACCUCCAGGUUUCAAGCCAUUGAAACAGCAACAAGUGAUUCCAACAGUGCAAAUGAAGAGAUUAUCCAAGAUUUGUCCGAAAGCCAGUUGAUCACCCUAUCCACUUUACCACCAGCCAACCAACCAACCUCCAGACCUGCAGUGACCACAAAGCAGCUAGAAAACCAGAAGUAUCCUGAAUUUCAAAGGGAUGAUGAGACAGUCCUACUUGAAGCAUCCACAAUGCCUGAAGAACAUGCAAAUCCAACAGAGCCCCUAGUGUCAAAAAGUGAUAACACAAGACCUGCUGUUACUGGGCAAACUACACCUUCUGCAGUAGUAAAUGAUCAGGAACCAGACACCCCGUCAGAAAGUGGGUUUGAACCCUCAGUGACAGAUGCACCUGAGACUGACACACCCUCACCUGCUGAGGGAGAUGUUCCUUCAGGAAGCCCAACCCCAACCCAGACCCCUGCAAGUACCACCACCACACCUACAAACCAUCCAAGUGACGUUUUCUUACCAGAGGUUAUGACCACGAUGUCAAACCUGGAAGAUUCAACCUCACUUCCUCUGUAUUCCACUGAGUCAUCAACUCCUUUAGUUGCCAUUUCCACCACCCAGACCACCACAAGGGCAUCUGAAAAGCCUGGAGAACAGGCAAACCUGACAGAGCUCCAAGCUAACGGAGCGCCUUCAUCAGCAAGCCCAACAAAGAUGCCUAUAAUCAUGAGCACCGCGGGUUCCACCACCACAGACCCAACCAGUGAUGUUUUGUUAGCAGAUGACAGCAAUGAUACUAAUCUCUGCAGUGGCCGACCAGUAAAUGGGAUAACGACUUUACUAAAUGGGACAAUGUAUGUGUUUCGAGGACAUUGGUUUUGGAUGCUCAAUUCCUAUGGGAUAGAGGUGGGAUAUCCUCGCAGGAUCACAGACGUUUGGGGCAUUCCCUCCCCCAUUGACUCAGUCUUCACACGCUGUAACUGCCAAGGAAAAACCUUCUUUUUCAAGGACAAUAAUUACUGGAGAUUUGAAAACGGUGUCAUGGACCCUGGCUACCCCAAAUUAAUUAGCAAAGGCUUUGGAGGGAUUAAAGGAAGAAUAACUGCUGUUCUUUCAGUUUCUUCAACCAGGAAAAGACCAGAAUCAGUUUACUUUUUUAAACAAGGUGGUUUAGUCCAAAAAUAUUCCUAUACUCAAAAACCACCACAAACCUGUAAAAGGAUGCAGACUCAGUACUCCGUCUACAGUAUUAGGAACCGGUUUGCACGUCAGCUGAGCAGUCAAAGCAAAGAUACAGUUAAUCUUGGCCAGGAAGUCAAUAUAAAAUUACAGUGGAGAGGAUUUCCCACAUCAGUCACUUCAGCUGUAUCUGUACCCAAUGCAAAGAAGCCAGAUGGAUAUGACUACUUUGUGUUUUCCAGGACUCGAUACUACAACAUUAAUAUUCCUGCUGAUCAACCGACUAUAACCUCCCCUUCACCUUCUUCAGAAAGGCAACAGAGCACAGCAAAGGACUGGUUCAAGUGCCCAUAGUGAUACACAUGGAUAAUAACUUGGAA